UGGGUCCGCCAUUUUGUGGGAGCGAGCGGCGGGAGGAGGGCAGCGAGUGAGAAAGGAGUCAAUGUGAAGAGGCGCAAAAGAGAUAAAAGCUGAGCAAUGAUGCGUCGUGAUUCGUGUCCACUGGACUGCAAGGUCUAUGUGGGUGACCUUGGAACCAAUGGAAACAAGACUGAGCUGGAGCGGUCCUUCAGUUAUUAUGGACCUCUGCGCAAUGUGUGGGUUGCACGGAACCCACCCGGCUUUGCGUUUGUCGAAUUUGAGGACCCCCGUGAUGCAGCCGAUGCUGUACGAGAAUUGGAUGGCAGAACAUUGUGUGGCGUUCGUGUACGAGUGGAGCUGUCCUCUGGUGAGAGGAGGAAGCGCUAUCGUGGGCCACCACCACCCUGGACCAGACGACCCCGUUAUGAUGAAUAUCGCUAUCGCAGCCCACCACGUAGACGCUACUCGAGGUCUCGAUCCAGAGAGAAUCGACGUCGUGAGCGAUCUAUUUCACGGGACAGAGAAAGGCGAGAGCCAUCAAGAUCUUUCUCUAGAUCUCACAGUCGCUCCCGGUCCAUAGAGCGGAAGUAGCAUCUGUGGUGGAAACAGCCUCUUCUCCAUUCCACCCUCUUGGCAGUGAAGAAUACCUGGUCUUCUCCUUGUGGAAUUCUGCAGUUGGUGAAGAUUGAACGGCAGCUGGGAGAGGGGCAGGUUUCUUUGUGGGAGAGAGGGGGCUUAAGUUUGUUUUAUUGAAAGAUGAGCAUUAUUUAGCAGCGCUCAAUUUUUGGGACUUCUUUUGUAAAACACAAAGACAAAAAAAAACUUGUGACUCAAAAGCUAUGAAAAGUGCUACUGCUCACCAGAGGGGGGUUUCAGACCAGUGUACGAACAGUAGCAAAGCCUAUAUUCGUUCUAAGUAACUUGUUUCUUUUACAUAUCCAAUAACCUCAGUAGCUUUUCACAGAAUCCUUUUCAGUGUUUUUACUGCUUGUUACAGUGCAACGAAAGGCUGUUGGAACUGGAAGUAGGGUUUUUUUUUCCAGCAAGGUGGUGUACCCUCUUACUGUGACACAAGUCAUACAUUUGAACUACUUUUUCUUGAGGUCUGAGUUUGGAUAAAGGAAGGCAGCUUUCAGUAGAGAGUAGCACUCGAAGAAAAGAACGUUGUGUUUGGGAUGAUGAAGCAAAUGGUAGGACUGAGAUUGGAAGAUAAGAUUUGCAGAAAGCUGACCUUUGUGCAAAAAAUUGAACAAUUUUCAGAACUCUUGAGGAAUGAUAAAGGGAUCUUUUGAUUGUGGAACUGGUCAGUGUUUGUCACCUUAUGGGAUCCAAGCUGCUUUUUCUGUUGCGAUUUUCAGGGUGUAUUAUGCACUUCUAGUCCCUGUUAGUGUCUUUGCUUCUGAUAAUAGCUCUUGAGAUCUGUGGAACUCCGUGUCCUGAGAGUUCCUACAGGCUUAGGGAUUUCCCCUCUUUUUCAGUAGACAUUGGCAGCAGCAGAAGAGCUUGGUAAUUCCAAAUCAAGGUAAAAUCCUGUUCUUGUAAAUCAAGCAUCUGUAGUGACAGCCCAAAGAGGACUCCCAGGACCCUCCUGUCUGAUAGCAAGCACUAUUAUCUAUCUGCUCCAGCUUCUUUUAAAUUCUAUUUACUUGGCAUUCCAGGUAAGGAUUUCUUUGAAAGAUAAUUCAUGAUGUUAGGAUGUGGAUUUGAUUGUGUGCUGAGCUGUUCAGCUGGAAGAGUCCAGGGACUUCACUUUGACUGCCACAUCCUGUCAAAAAGUUGAGACGUGCUGCCACCAAGCCAGCGUUAAUUUUUCUUGUGGCUUUCAAACCUGUAGGAGCUCUGUUGAAAACCUUCCAUCUUCUGUUCCAACUAUUGCUGAUACUGUAGUGCAUCAGUCACCACUUUUACCAUUGCCUAUAGUAACAUUUUAUUUCAGGAGUAGUUACUAUGUAUGAGCGUUUGACUGCAAGCAUUCAGUCGGAGUUUGAUUUGUGCUCCUAUUACAUCUCUAUGCUGACUGCUUGAGCUCUUUUUGCUUGGACAUAAGAAAUGGUGAAAACGCAAACAGGAAAUCAAAUCUACCCAGCAGAAAUCACAUGAUAACUAUUGGCUUUUAUCAGAUUAGGGUACUGUAUUGUUUUAGCAGGAUGUUUCUCAGCUCAUUCUUUCCUGGGUCAAUUCCCUAAAUCAAAGUUUAGAACACAGGCUAACAUUUUUUCACUGUCUGGGUCGUCAUGCUUGCUGUCUGGUGAAAACUUGCAUAAUGCAGCAGCCAUGCAAAGUUCUUCCAUUCAAAAUUAGAGUUCUAAAUAUUUAAAAUGCUAAGAACGAAGUAACUACUUAUUUUAAUACUUGUUACAAAUAUCCGGGCACAUGCCACAUGGGGUGAAGGCACAUGGACUUAGUCUUGCUGCAGCAACUCACUUGUUGGUCAUUGUUCUUUUGCUUUAAAUAACCAUUUACUUCUCCAGAAGAAUGCAAAUUUGAGUCCCCAUUCCCCUACACCUGAUGGAGCAAACAUGACUGCUUCAUGUGAAAAUACUCAUGGACCAAAUCAACCAAUAUAAGAGAAGAGAAUGUUUCUCCCUCUGCCCUCUAAUACCUGUUCGUUUAUGUUGUAUAUUUCCAUUGAAGUUGGUAGAAAGGCAUUGGUUAAGGGAAUGGCAGCUAUGCCAGUAUUCCAUGCAUCAUGCAUAGCCCUCCAGUGAUAUUGCAAGGCUACAGUAAACUGCUGUUUCUCUAGACUUAACUCAAGCUGACAAGAUUGAAGAAUACCAGCAAGUACUGGAUGAAAUAUUGUGCUCCUCAUUAAGCGACCUGUACCUAGACAUUAGGGCAGUGAACUCUGUCUACUGUUUCCUAAAUAAGAGAAGCUGCUGAAGGGCAAAUUAGCUGAGUGGUUCCGAUGCAAACCUGACUAACCUUGACAGCAGUUAACAGCCUAACCUUAACCUGGGACAAGCUCUCUAUCCAGUAAUGUGACUAGGUCAUUCCAGUUAUUCCGUUAAGAGUUCUAAUUCUGUUUCCAGAGCACCCUCUACCCCCAACUCUGAAGGUGUUCCUAAACAUGAUUUUUAUGUCUUAAUUGUUGUCACGUGAGUCUGUUGCUUUUGGGAUCAAUAUUUUGAUAUUUCGCUGUUAGAAGCCAGGUCAGUAGCCUGUUUUUAAAUGGCUGUUCUGAAGAUGUACGCAAAGUCUGUCACUUUAUUUGGGAGCUUGUGUAAACUGUUUUAUCUCCAACAUACAUUGCCAUUCACUGGCCCACAGGUGUCAUUUAUUAGUGGAAAAGCCACCAAAAUCCAUUCCUGAUUUGGUUAGUUUUGGAAUGCCACCCUAGAGAGGGGCAGCCCUAAGAAAUGUUUAAAUAAUGGAGUGUAAAAUAAUUGUCUCUAAACCAUCAAUGUUAUUUUUCAUUGAACUAGAGCUGGGCACGUUUAGAAGAAUAACGUUUCUGCAAUAACUACUGUGGGCCAAUUUUACAUUAAAAUCCUAAUUAAUUGGGAGCAGUUAUGUUCACAGCUUUGUUCCCUUUUGUUUCCAAGUUUGUUUGUUUAUCAGAGUAAUGGAUUUUUAGAACAAAAACUGUCUGCAUGGUACUGGGCGUUUAGCUAUUUUAUAGCGUACUUGCUGCGACAGCCCUCAUUAAAGAGAAGUUCCUGGAGCUGUUUAUGUAUUUGCAAACCCUAUACCUUGUCACAACUUAACCUCACUCUAUGAAAAGCUGUGUGAGAGACAAAAUGUCCAGGUGCAUAUUUGCAUGUGUUUAUUUCCUUGCUGUUGGACAAGCUGUUCAGUUAAUUUAGUUCUUGAUUUUUUUUAAGACCCCAGAACCAGGUUAAGUUGUUGCAUAAGUAUUAGAAUACAUUAUUGAUGGCCCUUUAUGUGUGACAUGAGCUAAGAAAAUGUUUUUGAUGGUCUAUCUUAGAUUAUUUCGUGGCACCAGCAAAGCAUAGCAGAGUCCUUCUGAUGUCACUAGACAUCUGCAACCAAACUGUUGAUACUGACUUUUUUUAAAGGCCUAUUGAUAUGAGCUGGAUUGAUGUUUUGAUAUCAGUUUCCUUUUGUUCUGUGUUUGUCAGAUUUCAACAUAAAGAUUAUUACAAUCCCA